GGAACCCAGAUUCACUCCACAACCACUUUGUCAGAGCCCCUCAAAGACUCUACAUGUGUACAAGAAUCGGACACUGUGACUGUUUUUCCAGCACAAAAUGAUUCUGUGGAUCAAAUAAACACCCAGGAGUCAAAAACUGCACAGAAAUCUCACCUUCACCAACUACCUCUCCUAAAUACAGAAGGCACAGAAGAAGAGCCUUUUGUAUCACAUGUUUCACACACUAAUGCUGUGAGUAUGAAACCCAAAAUCUCUUCUGAAAAGACUUGCAACCUCCAAUACCCUGAUGAACCCAAGUGCGCUGCUACCGAUUCUGUCUCUCCAAUGCAGUCUGAAGUGUUGCCUUCCAAACCUAAACUUACAACCAAAGCUAGAAGUUCUUCUUAUACUUUUCCCUCCACCACCUCACCCUCCACCCUGUCUCCCUCUACCUUAUCUGUUCCAGCAUUACCUUUACUCUUGUCCUCUACAUCUUCUUCUACAGAUUCUGUUACUCCAGAAUCUAAAUCUCUUACUGACCAGCUGUCUAAAAAAGAUAACAUCAAUAGCAAGACAACGCCAGAGAUCUCUGCUGUCAAGAGAUCUGAGAUCAAUUUAGAACAACAAAUUGAUAAUGAUGAGUCGGUUCUUGAAAGUUUGGUACAAAUAUCCCCAGUGCAAAUUCUUGAGAGUGUCCCAGUACUGCACAAGGACAUUGCUAGUGAAACAGGAGAUCAAGAACACACAAAGCACUCAAAUAUUUCUAAGGAUGCCAAACAUGAAACAAAGACUGUCACUUCCCACAAGAUGACGGAUAAGGAAGCUGAAGGAAAACACAACGGCAGAGCAGAAGAGCAGUCCGUCCCCAGCCUAGAAACACAGUCCGAUGUUUCAAUGCAAGAUGAUUCAAACACAGCCAUCUUGAAUAUUAAAAAGAUAAAACCAGAAAAUAUUGAUUCAAAGACAAACAUUAACUGCAUAACCAAAGCAAUAACAGACACCAGAUCUUCAGAUGAAAUCUGUACUAACUUAGAGUGUGCUAAAGAGACAAAUGUCACUCAAACAUAUCAUGCAAGAUGUCAUGAACCUCAAAAAAUAUCAUAUAGUAAUUUUACAUUACAAGAAACCGAUGUAAAAGAUUUGGAGUCUUUAACAAAUCCAAUAAACUGCCUAUCACUCAAAGAAAAACACAGUGACGACAGAGAGAGUUCUGCACAUGCACUGAGUCAGCCUCCUAAACAAACAAAUGUCCCAUCAGUAGACGGAAUGGACAUCAUUUUAAACUCCAUGAAAAAACACAAGCAUGACACCCUGCAAGAGCAAGCUUGCAAAGCACAACCGGGUGUGCAUACCUCCAGAAAAACACUUAGUUUAAACCUUUCCAAUGUGCAAGUCACAGAUUUCAGUGCGCAAUCCAACAAACAAGAAUUGCAGUUGCCCACAGCUGUUGUAGAGACUCCAAUAGCAAAAGUGUUUCCUAAAGAUCUACCCACCACAGAUUCACGAACAAACUCACCAGACCCACGAACACCUACACCUGAUACGUGUGAUGGUUACUUCUCACCAAGAGAAGACUCCACUCUCUCUACUACCUCUGAAGAAUACUUUGAAUGUAUUGAAUCUCCUUCACAUGAAUCUGUUAUUGAUGCAAGUAGAUUUCAAAACCAUGGGAUCAUUAGGAAACAUAGCACAACAUCUUUGGAAAGUCCUUUUUCAUUAAGUGUUGGUACCAGUCAGGUAAACCUGGAUAAGAGCUCUAAUCCUGCGGCAUUAGCCAGUGUAAGACAGAGUGCUGCUUGCACUGAAUCUAGUACUUCAGCUCGGACUGGUAGAGAUCCUUCUACCCCAGUAGUUGAUACAAAAGUACACAGCAAAGAAUCCAAGGUCAUAGAUAAAAGGAAUAGCAAAGAGGAGGCUAAAAAUGAGGUACAAAGUUGCAACACAAACAAAAAGGAGGAACAAGAAAACCAGAGAGUUGGGAGGACCAACAAUAAGGAGUUGAAUAGAGUUCCUGGGCCUUCAAAACAAGACUUUGAUAUAAAGGAAAUGACCUCAAAACUCAGCACGACCUCUGGGAGACUGCUUGAGGGAGGCAUGACAGAAAUGGAAUCAGUGAAGAAAGAGCCAAAGCGGAUGUCCACUGGUGAACUUAGACCACAACGGGUUUUGUCCGAGGGAAAGAAAGCAUCUGUGAGCAAGGAAAAGCCACUGAACCAGGUUGCACUACCUCCAAGCAAUAUGGAGACAAGAAGGAGGCAGUCUACCAAGGAGACAACAGGACAGAAGCCUCUUCAUCCUUCACCCAAAUCUCAGCCACGUCAGCAGCCCGGCAGCAGAGGUUCUUCCCCUUCCCGACCACUGAGUUCCUCUAGACCUUCCCCUGCCUCCCAAGCUCAGGGGACCUGUCGUUCGGGGAUACGUGAUCUCAACCAGACAGAAAGCACGUUUCUUCAAAAUAAUCUCAAGGCAUUAACUCUCAAACCACCUCCUCGUAGAUCACAGUCCAGAUCUCCCUCUCCUCUGAAAGCACUUCCUGCUGGGUCAGUACCAGGACGAAAGCAGGUCUCUCAGAGCCAGCCGCGAUUCCCCCCUCGCCAACCUCCUGCAGCACAGAUUCGUUCAAAACCCGACCAACCGCAAAUCCAGACGGCAAAGCCACAGGCCGCCAAUCUCCAUAUGCUCUCCAACCUGCAGCCUCAUGUUUCCCCUCAUGCCUCUGCUGCAAUAAGGUCUGAACAAGCAGUUCAGGAACUGGAGGAAGCAAGGGUUCCCUUUAACUUAUCCUUUGGGAGGUUAUAUAACUUUAAGGGAUUAAAAGACAAAUGGACCAAGCUGCCAGCUCAGAGCAGGAGAAGUAGCACUGGCACACCAGUAAAAGAGCGCAACAGCUCAAGCUAGUGAUGUUCAUGAUUUUUUUGUUACUGAAAUCUUAGACCAGAGGACAGGAGAUUUGUUUAUCUUUUACACUUCUUUUAAAAAAGUAUGUUAAAAUUCCUGUCAAUUUCUAUAUAAGCGUAUUUUAUUUUGUUAAAUUGUUUGGUUUGCACGUGCAAAUUUGGGUUUAUUGAUCUGUUUAUAUUUUGGUGCAUAAAUAAGGUUUAUUAAAUUGUAUGUUUGGAAUAAAAUUGAAAUUGUGCAUUGCUGUAAAGUCCAGUUGUCUUUUCUGACAAUUAAAUGUCUCCAAAAAAAAUAAAAUAACUUUCCUCCUCUGAGCUGUGGUUAGUCGUGCCUUUUCGAUUGUAAACAUCGUGACAGUUUUACACGCUAAAUCCUUGUCUGACUAUGUUUAAAAAAAGUUUUGCAAUAAAAAUUUGAAACAGAACAGAGGAUGUUCUACAAAUGUAUCUGACACAUCAUGGCUUUUGACUACUUUGUAUUCAUUCACAGUGUGUCUUUAGGUCUAUUGAUUUAUUCUUUGUUUACACCAAAACCAUUUAAAUUUAAAUGCUUUUGGACAAUGCCUUUGCCCAAAGCCAAGAACAAACUUGGGAGAUGAACACCGUAAUCAGAAACAUUGAAAAGCCUGUUUUGCAUUAA